UUUACUUCCGAUAGUAAACAAGAAAUCUUAGACGCGUUUAUAAUUGCCUUUGGGAAGAUUAGUGAGUCUGAUAUUGUAAAAUCUAGGACAACGACCAAGGCGAAAAAGCUAUACAAUAAUGCCCGUGAAACUUUUCAAAGAAGAGAGAUUAUUGAAUUUUUUGAAAAACUGGAUCAAGAGUUUGAUGCGAGGCAAAAUGAACGGGAACUCGAGAGAUCUUUCGAUAGGAAUGGAUGUGAACUUUUAAGGAAGUCUAGUGAUUUUAAUACACUGAAACUUUUAUCACGAUAUGCGGAAAAGUCUGCAGAAUUGCUUGAAAAGGGAAGUGGUUAUUCUUUAAGAAGAAAACGAAAUAUUGAUUACAAUGAGGAACAUAUGAGAAAGAGGCUACAUCGAGACAGGGAAACCACGCCAUCACCAUGCAGUCAUCUGUCAUUGCCAAUGGAUAAUCCGUUCAUCGAGGAUAAUGAAGAAGAGGAUGAGGAUAGUGUCAUUAUUAUUAAUGAUGUAGAUGAACUGUGCUUUGAAGAGGGUGACCCAGCAAACGAUUUUAAGAUAGGAGACACUAACGUGUCUCAGUUAUUCCGCCAGUAUCAAAAUGAGUCAUUAAAGAUCGCGAAGACAGGUGGCUUACUUGUUGAAUCAAACGUGCAUGAAAUAUUGUCUCUGUCUUCAAUAUUUCUUCUUACUCCAGGUUCUUACCCAAAUACGAUGAUUGAUAUAUUUAGUUCUCCUUUACUUGAUGAAAUACACAAAAAAAUAGUCUUGACACAGCCAAUGGAAUUAGACUCCGAAUGCGAAUUAAAAUUCAGGAGAGCGACAAAGAAAGCGAUAAAGGAGUCACGUGAGAGUGCUGUUGACUGGCUGUGGUCAGAACUUUCAAAUGAUCAGAUCUUAAAGGAGAAUUUGGGCGUUGUAUUUUUAGAGUGUUUGAGAUCAUUACCUACAACAAAGAUUAAAAAUCAAUCCAGCGAGCUAACAUUGAUUACAAAUCACCUAGACCACAUCAUGAAGAUGAUGCAUAAUCCGGAUAAACACAUUGUUGAGUGGCCGAACACAGCUCUCAAUGAGAGCAAGGUGAGAAAACUGCAAGGAAGAACCCGACAACCAGAUUUCACAAUAUCUAUUUUACAUCAGCUACAGAGGAAUGGUGUUAUAUUUGUGGGGGAAGUCAGCGCGCCUUCGGAAAAAAACAAUGUGUAUAAAAAUUGCAACGACUUGAUUCGAGUUGGCAUAUUUAUGAAGGAUUGUCUAGAUUCUGCAAUAGAAAAGGGUGCUGAUAUAAAAGUCUUAGGUUUCCAAUGUAUCGGACAAGUGACAAUUCCUACUUUCUUGAAAGAACUAUCGAGUUUUAUUGAGGAUAUGGAACUUCUUCUGACA